AACUCGCGGGGGACGCGGGGCGCUGGCUAGCUGGCUGGCUGGCUGGCGGGCUCGUCGCGCUCUCUCUCUAGCCGGUUCCCUGCGUUCCUCCGGGGACUGCCUGGGGAUCCAGGCCCGGUUGGGCGCGGCGGCGAGCGGAGUCACCGGCGGGAGGCGCGCGCUCUAGGCAGCGCGGGGGGCCACCGGGCAUGGACAGAGAGAGCAGGGCGCGCAGGGGGCGCCGCGGGACCGGGCGGCCGGAGCGCUGAGCCAGACAAAGGCUCUGGAGUUGUGCUUGCGCUCGGGGCCGGGGCCAGGGCGCACCGCGCCAAGACUGCGAGUCUCUGCGGCGUGCUGCUCGGCCGGUCCCCCUCUCCUGCGGGCGGGUCCCCGCGUGCCCCGACCUGCCCUGCCCGCUUCUCCUCGGGUUUGGGAAUUUGCAGAGGGGACCUGAGCGGCUCCCGCACGCACCGGGAGCCGGAGAUCUGCCGCGCGCCCGCAGGGCCGGGAGCCAGGGAGCGUCGCAAGUUUCCCAGCCGCGUGCGAGGACCUGGCGCUGGCCAGCGAGCCAGCCCCGCGUGGAGCGCUCAGGACCCGGCUGGCGGACGACGAGCAUGGGCAGCGACCGGAGCGCGUCUGGACGGCCGGGCUGCACUGGCAGCUGCCCCGGCGGCCGAGCUUGGCUGCUCCCGCUGCUACUGGUGCUUCUGGACUGCCUGGGCCGCGGUACAGCGUCUGAGGACGCCGAAGUGUACGCCGCUGAGAACUGGCUGCGGCUCUAUGGCUACCUACCCCAGCCUAGCCGCCACAUGUCCACCAUGCGCUCUGCCCAGAUCCUGGCUUCCGCCCUCGUGGAGAUGCAGAAUUUCUAUGGGAUCCCAGUCACGGGCGUGCUUGAUGAAGAGACAAAGGCGUGGAUGAAGCGGCCCCGCUGUGGGGUGCCUGAUCAGUUUGGGGUACGUGUGAAAGCCAACUUGCGUCGGAGGAAGCGUUACACCCUGACAGGAAAGACGUGGAACAGUCACCACCUAACGUUCAGCAUCCAGAACUACACAGAGAAGCUGGGCUGGCACAACUCGAUGGAAGCCGUGCGCAGGGCCUUCCACGUGUGGGAGCGGGUCACGCCCCUGGUCUUCCAGGAAGUGUCCUAUGAUGACAUUCGGCUGCGAAGGCGGGAGGAGGCUGACAUCAUGGUGCUCUUCGCCUCUGGCUUCCAUGGCGACAGCUCACCGUUUGAUGGCAUGGGUGGCUUUCUGGCUCACGCUUAUUUCCCCGGCCCUGGUCUGGGUGGGGACACCCAUUUCGACGCAGAUGAGCCCUGGACCUUCUCCAGCACUGACCUGCAUGGAAUCAGCCUCUUCCUGGUGGCAGUGCAUGAGCUGGGCCAUGCACUUGGGCUGGAGCAUUCGAGCAACCCUAGUGCCAUCAUGGCGCCAUUCUACCAGUGGAUGGACACUGACAAUUUCCAGCUGCCUGAGGACGACCUUCGGGGCAUCCAGCAGCUGUAUGGCUCCCCAGAUGGUAAGCCACAGCCCACCCAGCCUCUCCCCACUGUGAGGCCCCGACGGCCAGGACGGCCGGACCACCAGCCCCCUCGGCCUCCCCAGCCACCACAUCCAGGUGGGAAGCCAGAGAGGCCCCCCAAGCCAGGGCCCCCACCCCAGCCCCGGGCCACAGAGAGGCCUGACCAGUAUGGCCCCAACAUCUGUGACGGCAACUUCGACACAGUGGCUGUGCUGCGUGGAGAGAUGUUUGUGUUCAAGGGCCGUUGGUUCUGGCGAGUCCGGCACAACCGGGUUCUGGACAAUUACCCUAUGCCAAUUGGCCACUUCUGGCGGGGUCUGCCGGGGAACAUCAGUGCUGCCUAUGAGCGCCAGGAUGGACAUUUUGUCUUUUUCAAAGGUAACCGCUACUGGCUUUUCCGAGAAGCCAAUCUGGAGCCUGGCUACCCACAGCCCCUGAGCAGCUACGGUACAGACAUCCCCUAUGACCGCAUCGACACAGCCAUCUGGUGGGAACCCACGGGUCACACCUUCUUCUUUCAAGCAGACAGGUAUUGGCGCUUCAAUGAGGAGACACAACAUGGAGACCCUGGCUACCCCAAGCCCAUCAGCGUCUGGCAAGGGAUCCCCACCUCUCCCAAAGGGGCCUUCCUCAGCAACGAUGCAGCCUACACCUACUUCUACAAGGGCACCAAAUACUGGAAAUUCAACAAUGAGCGCCUGCGCAUGGAGCCCGGCCACCCCAAAUCCAUCCUGCGGGACUUCAUGGGCUGCCAGGAGCACGUGGAGCCCCGGCCACGAUGGCCCGAUGUGGCUCGUCCACCCUUCAACCCCAACGGGGGUGCGGAGCCCGAGGCGGCGGACGGGGACAGCCAGGAAGAGGAGGCGGGUGACACGGACGAGGGCAGCCGCGUGGUGGUGCAGAUGGAGGAGGUGGUCCGGACCGUGAACGUGGUGAUGGUGCUGGUCCCCUUGCUGCUGCUGCUGUGCAUCCUGGGCCUGGCCUUUGCCCUGGUGCAGAUGCAGCGCAAGGGCGCGCCUCGCAUGCUGCUCUACUGCAAGCGCUCGCUGCAGGAGUGGGUGUGAUCGCGCGCACCGCCCCCAGCACCCGGUGCUCAGGUCCGCAGGGGCAGGCGUGGGGCUCCCAGAUGCUUCCUCAGCCCGCUGGGAUCCCCUCCUGGCCACACACAUUCCCCUGUCAGUCCUGCCCCAGCCUCCUUUAUUUAUGCCCAGGUGUCUUUUUUUUUUUCCUUCGGCACCUUGUCUCAGCAUUUGUUUCUGCUUUCCUGACUGGGAUCAGGCGAUGCUUGAAGAUCUCCGAGUGUGCCGCUCCAGACAGGGACUAAGGGACAGAGGCUCACCUCUGGAAGGUGGCAGAGGAAGGUUGGGAAGCGGCUUCAGCUCUGGCUCUCCUCAGCCUGAACCUCUCCUCCCGUGACAAGAGCUGUGUUUGCCUUGAAGGAGCCCAGCCGGGGCUCCACCCUCCUGAAUUUGCCUUAGGAAGAGCCUAUGGCCCAGGAGCCAUCCUGAUUACCUUGUGGCUUGGCUCCUUCUUAGGCUGCUUCUGAGAGCCCAGAAGCCUGAAAGCCCUCCCCGAUCCUGGCCAUCAGAAGCUCCCACACCCCCCUGGGCCUGCAGCUCUUUUCCCCUGGGAAGGGGCCCUGGACCUGUCUCACCAAGGACCAAAGGGAGCCUGUCAGCUCCCCUCCCGAUGCUAGUGACUAGCCUCAUCUUCCCUAGGCUGCCCCGCUCUCUUUAUCACCCCCCAGGUCUCGGGAUGCUGGGCACUCCCUCACCCUCGGGCUUCUGCUGUCCUUGUCCCAACCGUUGGAGAGAUGAGGCUGGCAAGCACACAGACGAGGGUACCAGAGGUCCCCAGACAGUGCCUGAUGUAUGGAUGCCCAGGAUGUCAUAGACCAGGCUUGUGGGCCUCCUCCCCUCCAGCUCUCUCUCCGCACAUGACACUACUAGGCACAGGCCAGCAGCUCCCCACACACAGAGGCUGCAGAACCCCCAAAGGAAUCCACUAUGGCCUGGGAAGUCUGUCCUGAGGGUGAAAGGUGGCCUCCCCUCCUCUUUUCUUUCCGGAGUCAGCGGGAGGCCUCUGUGGGAAAUGGUACUGUAAAGCUGGCUCCGGUCUCUUCUGCCUCCCUAAAGCCUUGAACAGUGAAGGGCCGCCACCACCACCUCUGGGCCACCACCUCUCUCUGAGUAGUGGAUUCUCAUAGCCUGGCACUGGAUGGGGUGGGGUGGGGUGGGGGUCCAGCAGCCCUCUCUGGACAUCACCUCUGCAGGACUUGAGAGCCAGCCAGGGGUGGGGACGGCCUCCACCCCCAUUGUUUAGUUCUGUAAAUAAUCUGCACUGAUUAAAUGUACAGCCAGCGAGUGUGGCUGCGUUUGUAAACCUAGGCUGUAGCAUGCCGCGAGGAAGACCUGCUUGGCAGGGUUCGGGGCCCAGCUGGGAUCCUGAGGAAGACCCUGCUCCCAGUUUGGUAGGACCUUUGGGAUGGAGUCCAGGAGGGCCAGGGUUUAGAAGAGCAUGGGAGACUCUCAGCUGAGUCUGAGAACUGGUUUAUUUGGCAUUUGGUGGUGCUAAGAGAGGACAGCCCACUUUCCCGUAUUACUCCCCAUCUAGGAGGGGUGGGAAGAGCCAGGCAAGGCCACCCAAUCACCCACCUUGACUGGGUUUUGGGCAGCCUAGGAGGUGGUUUGAACAAGAGCUCAGGGAUGGGCCUGGGGAGAACUGGGUAAUGGAACCACUUUGCCUCCAGAACUUUCCUCUCCAUGUUCAGAGAAUGAAGCACACUAGGACCU